GAAGGGGGUGGGGCUGAGGCUCUGAAGACCUGGAAGGACACUCGCAGAUAAAGGGGUUUCCAGAGGCCAAAGGCAGCCCCGUGAGUGGGAACUAGAGCCGAAGUGCCCAGCGCCAAGGGACAGGCCCAUGUUGAGCUCACCACAGACUCCAGGAACCAGAAAGCCAAUGAAGACGUUAGCUCCAGAUGAGUUCAGUUUCAACUUUGAAAACCUACGUUUAGCCCACGGCAGGAACACCACCUUCCUGUGCUUCCAAGUGGAAACAAAGGCUCCGCCCUCACUUAACUCGCCUGACUCUGGGAUCUUUCAAAACCAGGACCAUUGUCCCAGCCACCACCACGCAGAAAUGGUCUUCCUCACUUGGUUCCAAAAGCGACUCUCCCCUGCACAGCACUACGAGGUCACCUGGUACAUGUCCUGGAGUCCCUGCUCCAGAUGUGCAGUCCAGGUGGCCAAGUUCCUGAAGUCAAACAGCACCGUGAACCUGAGCAUCUUCGUCGCCCGCCUCUACUACCCCAGGGAACUAGAGACCAAGGAUGGGCUCCACAGUCUGUGGCAGGCAGGUGCCCAGGUCCAAAUCAUGUUCUUCCAAGACUUUAAAUACUGUUGGGAAAACUUUGUGAACAAUGAGGGAAAGCCAUUCCAGCCUUGGAAGAACCUGGAUGAAAAUUCUAAGGACUGGGACACUGAGCUUAAGGACAUUCACAGAAACACAACAGAUCUGCUAACAGAAGAGAUGUUCUACUCACAAUUUUACAACAGGGAGAAAAAGUCCUCCAUUCCGAGGAAGACCUACUUAUGCUACCAGCUGAAUGAACCCCAACCCGUCAAACGCUGCCUUCACUACAAGAAAGGUUACCAUGCAGUAACUCGCUUUAUUGAUGGGAUAGUUUCUAUGAACCUGGACCCAGCUAGGAGCUACGACAUCACCUGCUACUUCACGUGGAGCCCCUGCAAUCGCUAUGCCCGGAAACUAGUCAGUUUCAUAGAGGACUACCCCAACCUGCGCCUGAAGGUUUACACCUCCCGCCUGUACUUCCACUGGUGCUGGACGAAUAUGCAGGGGCUGCAGCAUCUGCAGAAUUCCCGUGUCACCGUGGCCGUCAUGACCUUCAGAGAUUUUGAGUACUGCUGGAAAAACUUUGUGGACAACCAGGGAAAGCCCUUUGAACCCUGGGAGAAGCUGGAUUUAUAUAGCCAGAGCACAGAAAGGCGGCUCAGGAGAAUCCUGAAGCCCUUGACUCCAGAUGUUUUAAAUGAAGACUUUGGGAAUUUGCAUCUUUGAUCCCCAUCACUCUCAUCGUCAAGAUAUAUGAACCUUCCCUGUAGCAUCUCAGGGCUUCAGAUACUGAUGACUCUUAGAAGCAAGGAGCAAGCUUUACAGACUUACCUGUCCGCCAAUGCUCAUCUUGUCCUAAGUCCAGAGACUUUUCUUUCCACCUUCACUCAUUUUUGUUUUCUUUUAUAAGUGGCUGCAUAGUUUUAUAAUUCAUUAAAAAAAAAAAAAGAUAAAUUUUAAGUCUAUAAAAACUGGGCUACCUUCUAAGGGGGCAAUUAGAUUGUCCCUCAAGAAAAUGAGUAUAAGAGACAUUUAUUCUACUGCACUGAGAAAAAAGUUUUUAUUUGAGAAGUCACUGUCUAGUUUAGAAUAA